AGAAGAAGAAGAAAAAAAAAAGAAGAAGACUUUAGAAGUCUCCAGUGUUAUCAGAGUGAACAUCAGGACCUGUUUUGCUGAAGGAAAGAGUGGCCUCCAUGUUCUCCUUCUCCUAGAGUCCACCUUACUGUACUGUCCAGUUCCACAAGCACAUCAAGAAACAACAAGAAGUAUACAUCAUGUUGAAAUCAGGAGAGAUUAAAAGUGAGGACGUGGUGUCUGAAAGCUCCAGUACUGAGAAAACAUCCACAGAUACUCUCCACACUAACACGACCGCAAAAACGCAACGGACACAAAAAAAGACCGGCAAAGACAAAACUCACCAAUGCUCAUACUGUGGGAAGAGUUUUAAUUUACUGAGUCAUCUCCAAAGACAUGAGCGGAUUCACACAGGAGAGAAACCGUUUCACUGCUCUGAGUGUGGAAAAAGUUUUACUGUACAGAGUCAUCUCCAAACACACCAGCGCACUCACACAGGAGAGAAACCCUAUUACUGUCUAGAGUGCGGGAAGAGCUUUAAUCAGCAGAGUCAUCUCCUAAGACACCAACAGAUUCAUACGGGAGAAAAACCGUAUUAUUGUUUAGAGUGUGGACAGAGUUUUAAUCAACAGAGUAAUCUCCAAAUACACCAGCGCACUCACACCGGAGAGAAACCGUAUCACUGCUCAGAGUGUGGACAGAAUUUUACAAGACAAAGUAAUCUCCAAAUACAUCAGCGCAUUCACACCGGUGAAAAACCAUAUCAGUGCUCAGAGUGUGGACAGAGUUUUAACGUACAGAGUCAUCUCCAAAGACACCUGCGCAUUCACACAGGAGAGAAACCAUAUCAGUGUUCUGAGUGUGGACAGAGUUUUACUAGACCAGCAAAUCUCCAAACACAUCAACGCAUUCACACAGGAGAGAAACCAUAUCAGUGCUCAGACUGUGGGAAGAGUUUCCGAGAGAGUGGUACUUUCAAAAAACAUCGGCGCCUUCACACAGGAGAGAAACCGUUUUACUGCCCAGAGUGUGGACACAGUUUUACUACUCUGAGUAAUCUUGAAAAACACCAGCACAUUCACACAGGAGAGGAACAGUAUUACUGUGCAGAGUGUCGGAGGAGCUUCUCGUCUUCAAGUUUAGAGACACACAAGUGCAUUAAGAGAGAAGUAGAAACUUUCUAAUGUCAGGCUCCCAAUUGGGCCCAGAAAUGAAAAUUUUCUCUUUUUUCCUGCUCUGCCAAAUAUUUUUCAACUAUAUACAAAUUGUAAAUAUAUCAUCUGCUUAACAAAAUAAGUAUGCUCCUUCAUGUAUGCUAUUUGUUGUGUAUUCUUUUUCCUUUUAGUGUUGAUUUACAAAUGUCCAUCUAUGUUGCAUCAACCUAGCUGGUAAUUAUGAAGAGUCUUUAAAACCUGUGUAAUUUUCUCUGCUCUGUGGAGAGAGUAGAGCUGAGAACUGGGAACUGAGGAGACCUUGUCGACCUAAUCACAGCUUGUAAGAAGACGGUAAACACCCAAGCCCUCUCCCAAGCACAGUGUCGGACUGAACUCAGAAAAAAUCAACUAACUAAAACCAAAUCCAACAUUUAGUGCUUGUUCAAGCAGUCAACGUUGAAGAGCAGUUGAUGUUUUGUCUUCUGAUAAAGUAGAGAGCCACAAGUCAGCACCACAAUCAACUGUGCUGUGCCAAAAAAAGCACAAAAAGGGCCCUGUUCGAAACAUCUGUCUGAUCUGUGCAGUGAUGUUUGCUGUCUGACAUGUGAAUCUGCAGCCCAUCUUGUCUUCAGUUCAUCUCCUGGUGGUGACAGGAGGAGGAGAAAUAUCAACAAGUUACUGGGUGUAAGUGCUAGAAACCUCUGUUCUACACAGCGUAGAGUUGCAUACAGACGAGAAGAUCAUGUCCUGAAGAUCUUACAUGCACACACUUAAGUGUUCUUAAAUAAUCUGUUGAUAUGUCCAUGUUGAAACUUUGUUGUAUUCUAGCAGUGUCUGAUAUUAGGAACUCUAAGGAAUCCCCACCCCAACAUCUGUGUGCUUUGUAGCAGGUACCAUUAACACACACCCAUAGGACAUAAACCAAAAACAGUGUUAAAUCAAUAAAAAGGGAAAUUUAGUCUUCAUAGUGUAAUAUUGGCUUUCAAUACAUUUGAUGAAGUACUCAAACAUAUAUCAAGUGUGAAAGUUCAAGCUUCAUUAGAAGUAUUGGGGGAUAAAAUAAUAUAAAUAGAUAAUGGGCCUUUGGGGAUUGCGGUAUUUUUGUUUGUUCAUAAAAGCCUUACAAAUUUGAAUAUUAAAUUUGACAUUUGACUGAAAUGCCCAAUGCUGCUGUUGGCAUGCAUUCUUGUAGCAUUCAAUCCACUCAGAGUGGGUGAUGUGCCUGACUGGCCUCUGUUUUAGGAGUGACAAGUGGUUUACUGUGAAGUUUAUAAUUCUUGGUUUUCUGAGUCUGAACAUCUUGCUUCUAGUGCUUGUAACAACGCAAUACAGUGUUAAAUGUUUGUUGCAACAGUUGCUUUUUUCCCUUAUUCGAGCAUCGUAGACAACCUAAUGGUACCGUAAUAGCCCAAAAGUUGUAAGGGUGCCUAUGGAGGCUGUUUGGCCCUAAGCAGCUUCUUAUGCUGCUUAUUAGGUAGCUGUCACUGACUACGAUGCUUGUUAAAGAACAUUAUACCAAAGUGUAUGAGUUUUUGGGUGGGGAUGCCUGUAGUCCUGUCUGUUGUAAAUGGGAUAUUAUGGAUGCAUGUAACUUGUUAUUGUUUUUCUAUAUGUCUCAACAAACAUGUAUGUAUGGCCUAGACUGUAAAAAUGAAUUUCCUUGCAGUGGAUAAUUAAAUAUCUGUCUAUCUAUC